UGUUGGUGAUGUACCAAUACACCAACGAUUCCAACGGAACGGAGCAGUCAGAAAAAGGUUUGGGUUGGAUUCUCCGUCUGGAGAGUCUAUUGCGCAAACUGAACUGCGCAGAAACAUCAAAUACACGUUGUGUGUGGUUCCAGGGUUUUAAAGAUCAUUUUAUUGUUAUUUAAUUUAUCAAAAAAUCGACGAUCAUCCUAGGCAUCGUUGAGAGUCGUCAACUCCAGGAAGAGGUCGGAAGAAGACUAGACAUCGGAGGGUGAACCUACAGUUUUUGUCGAUUCGGAGUUUUUGAGAUUCACGUAACGCCACAAUGAAGAAACGAAGUAAAUCAGUGGAAGUAAAGGAGGAGCCUGCAGCUAAAAAAAUGAAAAAAUCCUCCCAAGUUGAAGAAUCCUCGAAAGUGAAGAGUACACAGCCAAAAAAAUCAAAAUUUGAGAAACCCACAAAGACGAUGAAACCAUUCACUCCCAAAAAUAAACAGACAAACCAGAAGUCUACGGAGAAGCCAGAUUGGAAAGCUCUUAAGGAGGAGAAGAAACAGUUGAAAGAAAAGCGUAAAAUUAAACGAUUAGACGAUAGUUACGAUGUGGCCCUGAAAGUUAAAAAAUUGGGAGAGAGAUUGCGCCAAGCAAAUUGCACAGGAAAAGAACGAGAAGAGAUAACUAACCAAUUAUUUGAGCUCUUGAAAGGCAGUUUGAAGAAAUUCAUUUUCACCCAUGAUAUAUCAAGAAUAAUUCAGUGGUUGAUAAAAUUCUGUACUCCAGAAAUCAGGCAGUCAAUUGUUGAAGAAUUAACGCCCGAAUUAAAAGCGAUGUGGAUGUCUAAGUACGCCAUCAACUGCAUCAAGAAAUUCAUGAAAUAUGGCACUCCAACCAUCAGAGAAACUGUGAUGGCUUCGUGUCAGGGUCGUGUCAUCAACAUCAUCUCUCACAGUGUGUCUGCAGCGGUCUUCAACAAUGCUAUCAAUAAUUGGACAACAGAGUCGGCGAAAAAUAAUUUGAAACAGGAGUUUUAUGGAGAUAUCUACAAAAAAUCGAAAGACAACAACAUAAAGUGUUUGACUGAUGUGUUCAAGACGGCAACUGAUAUGAAAUCGGCAACUCUUUCAGCAGUUAAAAUGAAUCUUGUUCGAAUAUUAAAUAAGAAGGAAAUUAAUAAUACACUUGUUCUCGCAGUUUUAUCCGAAUUUUUAUCAAUUUGUACAGAUGAAGAUCGAAAUGAAUUGAUAGUAAUGUUGAGAGAUUCUAUUUUCGAAUUAUCGCACACGAAAGAGGGCUCGAGAAUUGCAAUGAUUUGUAUCUGGCAUGGAACAACUAAAGAUAGAAAAUUAUCGCUAAAAUCUAUGAAAGAUCAUGUUAAAGAUAUUGCAACAUCCGAGCAUGGACAUGCUAUUCUACUCUCUGUAUUUGAUUCAGUGGAUGAUACAGUUUUGGUGAAGAAAAUUUUAAUUUCUGAGUUGAUAGAGAAUCUUAAAGACAUUGCGUCUAGUGAAUUUGGGAAGAAAGUCAUUCUAUAUCUUGUUGCACGAAGGGAUACUCAUCAUUUUCACCCUCAAAUAAUUGAUCAACUCAAAGAGGGAGAUGGAAAUGCCAUGAGUAAGAAACCGCAGGAGAUUCGAGAAAAGGAGCUAUUGGACAUUGUCAAUGAUUUAUUCCUUCAAUCCAUCGCUGAGGACUGUGCUUUCUGGCUGGCGAAUGGCUCCAUCGCAAUGGUGACGUUGGCAAUAUUAAAAUCUGGACAUGGCGAGAAACUUGUGGAAGCUUUUCAAGCUAUUUCUGAAUUUUUGAUAGCUUCAAAAACUAAACUGAAGGAGGGAGAGGUGGAAUAUGCACCUGUGGAACAUCCAGGGUUACAUAUGAUGCUGAAAAAAUUAAUUCUGGCUGACAAAAUCGCGGUGGAGGCCCAGAAGCCCACAUUUGGUGAAGAAUUGGCUAAGAAACUUGAUGGGAAGACUAUUACAAAGUGGAUCCAAUAUAAUCGAGCGUGUUUUAUCAUCGUUUUUCUGCUUGAAAAUGAAGCGGAAGAAGUUGCCCGUGAUUUGAAAUCCAAACUCGUUAAAUUAGUAGAUAGUAUCACGAAUAAAAAGACUCCUGGCGCUUCCAUUUUAUUGAAAAAAAUCAGAUAAUGUUCAACUGCGGUAAAUUAAGUUAUAUUUCAAUACAAAUUGUUUUGUAAUCAUGUUUA